UAAAUGACAUUUGACAGCCGUUUUAAACAACCGUAAAAAAACGCUUUAGAGUGUCCGUUAUUCGUUAAUACCAAAAAAUAGCAUUUUCAGUGAUUAACUGUUGAGAAAAAUGUUUCGAAGAUCUAGUAGUAGUUCACACAUACCAUUACCAAAGACCGAUAUGGGACGAAGAUCAAAGUCUGCAGUUCGGAUAAGCGGGCCGAAAAGAUCAGUGGGAGCAACUCCAGUGGCGACAUCUGCGGCGAGUACCAGCAAAAAAACUAGUAUAGGCAAAUAUGCAACGCCAAGUCUAGCCACUAAAACGAGCGGCAUCAGGAAAACCAGUAUAACGACACCUUCAGUGGCUUCCGCCUUAUUUAAAAGAUCUACGUCGAACAUGACACCAUCUUCAUAUCGAUCGAGAAGUAAGUCACCUUUCAAAAUAGGGUCUGAGCAAGAUAAGGACUGGGUGAAUGUGCAGCUGACAAAAGUUCAUAAUUUCCUGCAAUAUAAUCAAAAUUGUCCUGAGUCCAUUCUGCACGUGUUAAGACCACCAAUUACAAUAGAAACAUUUGUUUUUGUCAUUAAUAUUCUGUUUAAAGAAAUUAACCCUUCUUUAAAUGUGCAGAAUGCCAAUUAUAAGACUGUUGUUGCAAACACCCUUAAAAUGCUUCAUUACCCAGGAAACAUAAAAAAUUCAUUUUUACAGACAGUUAACACGAAACAUGCGUGGCGUGACGUUGUUUCCAUGUUUUCUUGGCUAGUUGAUCUUAUAAAUACCAUAAAUUCUGUGCCUGUACAAGCACCUGCAGACGAUCUUAAACGUAAGAAAAUUGAGUGUAUCACAGACUUUCUUACUAAGAGGUACUUAUCAUACAACGGCACUGGUAAUCGAGAACAGAUAGACAGAGAGUUUGGGGAAACAUUUGCAAAAAUUUUAAACGUUGACGCAAACGAGUUAAGCGACAUAAAAUCAAGAGUCUCAAAACUCAGAAAAGGGAAGGAAGAACAAUUAAAGAAAUUAGAAAAUAAGCAAAUAAAGAAUGAAAAUCUCCAACGCGAAAUAAAAAGAAUGCAAAAUGAAAUUGACACUUACUAUGAAAAUAAAAAAGAAAAAGAAGACGAUGAAAAGUACGCCAUCACAGCUCUGAAGGACCGACGCGAAAGACUGAAAGCAGCAAUCAAAAUGAAAAAGGAAAGAGUGGCGGAGCUUACGGGAAUAAUUAACAAACAAUCGUACACAGUUGCAGAUAAAAAAAGAAUUGUUCAACAUAUAGAUGAACUACAACAUACAAUAAGCCUGAAGAAAGAAUCAAACAAGGAGAAAAAAACUUUGAAAGACGCAUCUGAUUUUAAAUUAGUUGAGGCGAAGAAAGAGCUCCAAACUCAAGUCUACCGUUUUAACAACCGCGUUAUGAAACUAGCGUCAAUCGAACCCGCGCUUAAACUACUCUACUUGAAGGAAAAAGAUUUUUUAUCUACGGAAUUUCAAAACGACAUGGAAGAACUCUCAAAGACUUACAACAAAUUCAAAAAUAUGUUUGCUUCAGAAAUUGCGAAAAUCAAUUUUUCUCUUGCUAACAUGAAAACUGACGCUUCGAAAAUCAAGCAACAAAAAAAAACUCUUCAAGAAAGUAUCGAGAUUUUGACUAAAACUAUUACGGCGGUCGAAAAAAAAAUUGAAAUGAUUGACAAAGAAGUGGAGAUGUUGACUAAACAAAGACAAGACGGUCGAAAUAAUUUUUCACGAAAAGUGGCAAGUUUGAAAGACACUGAAACAACUCUGGAGAAGAAUAAACAAGAACUGGCGGAACUGAGGGAAAUACACAAGGAAAAAUUCGACGACUUAGAAAGAAAAAAACAAAUGGCUUUAAAUUUUUUUAGAAAACUGCACGAUAUUAUAGUUGGUAAUUUACAGGAAAUGAAUAACAUCCGCACAGAAAUUUUUGACAUGUUGAAAGACUGUUUAACUAAAGUAGCAGAAACGGAGGGAAAUGUUUUAGAUGACCUGCACAACCUGGACGAAGUUAAAAAGUAAACACUCUUUUCUAAAUUUUCUAUUUUAAAAUGUUAAGUAUUGUUUAGAUAUUAAAAAUAUUAAUUCGAA